GAGCCACGCGCGUAAAGAAGAUGAUUCAACGGACGCAGUGCAUCUGUCAAAAUAGCGAUUUCCUGGCUAUUUAAUUUUAAUAUUUUUGUUGAUCAACUAAUUACAUCGAACGACUUUUUCGUGACCGUAAAAAAUGCCGCAGACGGGGGCAGAGACACCGGGCUCGCAGCGCCUUUCCAAUGACGAUUUCCGAAAACUUUUGAUGACCCCGCGGUCGACCCCGGCGAAUGCUCCCGCGCCCCCGGGCUCCAUCCGCGAGGCGAUGCAGAACCCGAUGCCGCCCCCGAAAAUCGACGACAAAAACGAGGCGAGACGUAAGAAGAAAAGCUACUACGCCAAACUGAAAAAGCAGGAAGACAACAAGAUCGCGGAGCUGGCCGAGAAAUAUCGCGACAGGGCGAGCGAGAGGCGCAAGGGCGUGAAUCCGGAUUAUCAGGUGGACGAUCCCGUGGCCACGGCCCAAGCGUACAGAGCGGUGGCCCCAGAUUUGAAAUCUGGUUACGACGCUGCAGAAAGGAGGCGUCAGAUGAUCCAGGAGUCUAAGUUUUUGGGCGGAGACAUGGAGCACACUCACUUGGUGAAGGGCUUGGAUUAUGCUCUGCUGCAGAAGGUGCGCAGUGAGAUAACGCAGAAGGAAAUCGAACAGGAGCAAGAAUUGGAGCGAUUGGCAAAUGAAUCGGAGGAGAAGAAGAAGCAGGAAAAGGAGCGCAAGGAAAUGAUGAAGAAGGAAGAGGAGGAGAUGAAAUUUAAGACCAAGCUGGGCCGGUCCAUCUACCACACCGUGCAAGUGUUGAAGUCAAGGCAUAUAGAGAGGUCAGAACUCUUCAUGCCUGGCCGAAUGGCUUACGUCAUCGAUUUAGAUGACGAAGCCGAGACUGAUAUCCCGACGACUCUUUUCCGUUCUUUGGACGAGGUGCCCUCGUUUGAGUUGACGACGAUGCUGACCACUAACGACAUAGUGAUCAACAAGCUCACGCAGAUUCUCAGCUAUCUAAGGCAGGGCAGCCGCAAGAAGAAUAAAAACAAGAGGGGCGUGUCGGACACGAAAGAGGACGAAAAAGAAGAAGAGGCGGAAGGGAAGAGGCCCCCCAAAAGGUCCCACGUGGACGACUCUAUCUACGGGGAUAUCGGAGAGUAUGUGCCGAGUCGUGGAAAGCACCGGGAUAGGGAUUCGAGUCGGAAGCACAACAAUUCGUACUUUGACAAGCAGGAUCACAGGGAGUCGGUGGAUAACACCGCCCCUAGUUACAGGGUGAACAAAUCCGCGGAGAUUCUGAGUAAGUUACAGCAGGAGCCCGAGGGUUACGCGGAAUGUUAUCCAGGACUGGAAGAAAUGAACGACGCCAUAGACGAUAGCGACGACGAAGUGGAUUAUUCCAAGAUGGAUCUCGGAAAUAAGAAGGGACCUAUUGGUCGGUGGGACUUUGAUACGGCCGAAGAAUAUUCGGAUUACAUGAACCAGAAGGAGGCGUUGCCAAAGGCGGCGUUCCAGUAUGGGCUCAAGAUGGCCGACGGGAGGAGGUCGAGGAAGCACAAGGACAAAAACGAGAAGGCCCAUUUGGACAGGGAGUGGCAGAAGAUUCAGAAUAUUAUACAAAAGAGGAAUUAAGUUUCAUUCCUCGGCAUAAUGUAAUGGACAGUUAGUUAUUAUACCCCACCUGUUUAAUAAAGUUUUGGAUAAUAUAUAAACAGG